AUGGGAAGCAGCUCCUCCUCCAGCCAGCACCACUUUGCUUUUCAGAAUGCUGAGAAAGCCUUCAAGGCAGCGGCCCUGAUCCAGAGAUGGUACCGGCGCUACAUGGCCCGUCUGGAGAUGAGGCGGCGAUGUACCUGGAACAUCUUCCAGUCUAUAGAGUAUGCUGGACAGCAAGACCAGGUCAAGCUCCAUGAUUUCUUUAGCUACCUUGUGGAUCACUUCACGCCCAGCAGCCACCACGAGAGGGACUUCCUGAACCGCAUGUUCACCGAGGAGAGAUUCGCCCAGGAUGUGGAGACGGAGAAGGGCGGUGACUAUGAAUCCAUAGAGGUGCCCGACAGCUACGCAGGGCCACACCUCUCCUUCCCCCUUCUUCCCGACCAUGCCACUGCCCUGGUGGAAGCUUUCAGGCGGAGACAACAGCUCCACGCUCGCUAUGUCUUGAAUCUUUUGUAUGAGACCAGGAAACACCUGGCCCAGCUGCCGAACAUCAACCGGGUCUCUACCUGUUACAGUGAGGAGAUCACAGUGUGCGGAGAUUUACAUGGCCAAUUGGAUGACUUAAUUUUUAUAUUUUAUAAGAACGGUCUACCAUCGCCAGAGAGGGCGUACGUGUUCAACGGUGACUUCGUGGAUCGGGGCAGGGAUUCAGUAGAGGUCCUGAUGGUGCUGUUUGCCUUCAUGUUGGUUUACCCCAAAGAGUUCCAUCUUAACAGAGGAAACCAUGAGGAUCACCUCGUGAACUUACGAUACGGCUUCACCAAGGAAGUGAUGGAUAAAUACAAGAUACAUGGGAAGAAAAUCCUAAGGACACUCCAAGAUGUCUUCUGCUGGCUUCCGCUGGCCACACUGGUUGAUGAGAAAGUCCUGGUUCUUCAUGGCGGAGUCUCAGACAGGACUGACUUGGAACUUCUGGCUAAACUAGACAGGCACAAGAUUGUUUCUACCUUGAGAUGCAAAAUGAGAAGGGAAAGUGAGAAUCGGGAGGAGCAGAAGAGAAAAGUCAGCCAGACAAGCUCUGAACAGAGACCUACUCCGUGGUUUCUUCCUCAAAGCCGCUCUCUGCCCUCGUCGCCUUUUCACCCGGGCUCUGGCUUUAAGGCCCACAAAGCCUGCCGGUCCUGCAGCAUUCCCUGCGGCUCGGUUGACCACAAGGGGCAGUCCCGGCAGGGGCGGCACUCGGUGGACCUGGAGCUGGAGCGGUGCCGGGAGCAAGCCGGCUUCCCAGGGAUCAGAGAGAAGGGGGAGCCCUUGCCCUUGGCCCCCGACACCCACUGUGACGCUGAUGCGGGUGGGGUCCUGGACCCCACUCCCGAAGAGUGGAAGCAGGUUGUAGAUAUUCUGUGGAGUGAUCCCAUGGCUCAGGAGGGCUGCAAGGCCAACACUGUCCGAGGAGGAGGCUGUUACUUCGGGCCUGAUGUGACAGAAAAGUUGCUGGAGAAAUACAAGCUGCAGUUCCUGAUUCGUUCUCAUGAAUGCAAACCCGAAGGCUAUGAAUUCUGCCACAAGCGCAAGGUGUUAACCAUCUUCUCUGCCUCCAACUACUACGAAGUUGGCAGUAACCGAGGUGCCUAUGUUAAACUGGGACCAGCCCUAACUCCGCAUAUUGUGCAGUAUCAAGCUAACAAAACGACACACAGGCUAACCAUGAGGCAAAGGAUCAGCAGGGUGGAGGAGUCAGCCCUGAGAGCCCUGCGGCAAAACUUAUUUGCUCAUUCCUCAGACCUGCUUGUGGAAUUUCAGAAGCACGAUGCAGAUGAGAGCGGCGUAAUCACCCUGAGUGACUGGGCGGUGGCCGUGGAGUCUGUACUGCACCUGGGGUUGCCAUGGCGGAUGCUCCGGCCACAGCUGGUGAACAGUUCGGUGGAUAAUGUGCUGGAGUACAAGUCUUGGUUGGAGAGCUUGGCCAAAGAGCAGCUGAGCCGAGAGAACAUACAGUCGAGUCUUCUGGAAAAACUCUAUCGAAACCGAUCCAACUUGGAGACCAUUUUUAGGAUCAUAGACAGUGAUCAUUCAGGAUUCAUCUCUCUGGACGAGUUCAGACAGACCUGGAAGCUCUUCAGCUCCCACAUGAACAUUGACAUCACAGAUGAAAACAUCUGUGACCUCGCCAGAAGCAUCGAUUUCAACAAGGAUGGCCACAUCGACAUCAAUGAGUUCCUGGAGGCCUUCCGCCUCGUGGAGCAGUCCUGCUCCGAGGGCCACGCCCCUGCUUGCCUACAGUCCACAGACGCUGAGGAGAGUGGUCGAAGCAGUCCAGGUCCGCGCUGAGGCCAGCCUGGUCCUUAUCACCCACGGUGCCUAUCAGCAAUGGCAAGCUUAUGACUCCACAUGGACUUGGGGGCUUUAGGCUGAGAAUUUGCCACCAGCAGGCACUGGAAUCAAGAAUCACCUGUCCACUUGCUGGUGGGUGUG